UUUACUGUUUUAAAAGAAAAAUUAUCUGAUACUCACUAUUUUAUUGUAUAACUAAUUUUACUGCUCGGGAUAGCGCUAUAUUGUGCCGUUAUGAGAUUUCAUGUUUUCAGUCGUUAUUUAUUUUUAUUACUCAUUGGGUCGGAGUACUCACAUUACUCCCUGCACCAUAUGUGCAGAUACAUGCAGAGUUGAGUUCGCUCCUGAGCGCUGAUUCUUUCCAGACCAGGCGGUGACUAGGAGUAACGAGUGCAUUUAGUUAAGAAUGAGUGAUUCGACAUCAUCAGUUCCUGCAACUCUUGGUACUCCGAGUACUCCUAGUACUCCAGAUGUCUCUAUUGGAUCAACUACCAACUUAUGCACAUCUGAUCGGUCAGUCAUAUCAGUUAAGGGAGAAAAGUUCAUUCCUAAUGGUCAUGCUAUCUCGACAAUUGUCACAGAGACCUUCAAGGAGCGACAAGAUGCUACUGAUUACUCAUGCUAAAUCUAUAAGCGUUCAAAAUAGUUUUGAAAAAAAGAAACAAGAACUGUCAGCUUCUCAAAGUGCAUCAAUUGAGGUAGGAGACACUAACUCAACAAGCCAAUUAAGUGAAAUGGAUAUUUGGGUGCAAUCUGUUGGUGGAAAGAAAAAAGGAAGGAUUGCAGGACUUGAUUCUUUGGGUCGACCUGUAAAAGCACUUAAGCAUUCAACACCUACUUUACAAAGAGAAAUUGAUGAGAUAAUUAAAUCUCAGGUGCAUGCUUCCAAUGCUGACUUAUAUGCUCAGUUGCAAGAAGAGCGGCGCAAAAAUAAAAAGAUGAGGAAAGAAUUAGACUUAUUGAAGAAGUAUGUGAAUUUCAAUGCAUCAUCUUCAGAUGAGUUAUCAUCUCAAGAAGACAAUCAAGGAUCUGAGAACGAAAGUGACGAUGACUUCGAUAAUGUGAAUGAAAGUGGUUCUGACCCUGAUAACACAAAUGAAAGUGACAAAUCAUGAUUGAGAUGUUCAUUAGACUAUUAAGUUUCACAUUUGAGAUAUUUUGGUUUUUGAUUAAGGAUUAUAUGAUAUUACAUGGAUUUGGGGAUUUCAAA